AUGGCGGAUGAAGAUUUGUCUGAGAAGGAGAAGCAGCUGCGAGAUUGCUUCGCAAAGUUUGAUCUCAAUGGUGACGGAAAGAUACAGGAAAGUGAGUUCAAAAAGUUGAUGAAGAGCCUGGAUGGUGGCUUCACUCCAAAGGAGAUCAAACGGCUUUUCAAGGAAGCGGAUACCGAUGGGUCGAAUAGUGUGGACUGGCGAGAGUUUCUCUCCUGGAUCAUAAAUGGCACAGCCAUGCGAGGAAUGGGAGCCAAAGGCGCUGCCUCCUUUGAACGGUUGUUGAACACGGAGACCCAGGAUGAAGCCAGCUUUGUGGAAUCGGCUCAGAUGGGCCACAACGUCACCGAGUACCUCAAGAGAAACGGUUCUAAGGGGAAGUCAAGAACGAGAAAGAAGACAACGACAAAGGCUGGCUGUGAUGAAUUUGGUGUUCCGGCAGAUUAUUCUGGCUACCGGAUUCAGUGGCCCAUGACCCCGCAGGGUGCCAAAGAUCUAUUGGACAACUUCCUCCACAAUGGCUCCAACAAGCCGCUCCAUGCAAAGCAUGUCCAGCUCAUUCUCGAUGAAUUUGUGGCGGCCUACAAAGACAGGCACCCCAAGCCAGUCAUUGAGACGGAGGUCCCGCAACCAGAUGGAAGACUCGUGAUUGUUGGCGACACUCACGGACAGCUUGCUGAUGUACUUCACAUUUUGUACCACCUCGGACCUCCAAGCGCAAACAACAGGUAUCUCUUCAACGGAGACAUGGUUGACCGUGGGAAUCAGGGAGUGGAAAUCUUGCUCAUUCUGUUUUCAUUCUUCCUUGCAGACAAUGAGUCAAUCAUUGUGCACCGUGGAAAUCAUGAAAAUGAGGACAUGAAUGCACUCCAUGCUGAUAACGGUGGUGGGUUCGAAGAUGAGGUGAUGGAAAAGUAUGGCCUGCAAGUGUAUCGACACUUCAUUGGUGCUUUCAAAACUUUGUCGUUGGCCUCUGUGAUCAAUAAGGAGAUUUUUGUUGUUCACGGAGGCUUGACCAGAGUCAAAAACCUCACCAUUGACUAUAUCAACACUUUGCCUUUCCAGGACUAUACUGCCCCACACCCACUGUCUACCAAUGUCAAGGAGCAGCUUUUCUCAGACUUGCUUUGGAGCGAUCCCACUGAGUAUGAGGGCAAGUACAAGCGCAGCCGUCAAGCUUAA